GAAAUACACAUUCUGAUUCAUUUUGUCGCUCUUCCGAGGCUGUAGAUGGCGCUGUUGAGGUUGUACAGAGUCUACGCAUUAUACCAGAAGUAGCACCAGAGCUAGCUUAGCAAACCCCGAAACGCUGCCUUGUGUUGACUCGGCACUGUAGGCCAAAUGGCAGCAGCAUCUUCAUCAUCGUCCUCUGCCGGAGGGGUCAGUGGGAGCUCUGUUACUGGAUCUGGCUUCAGUGCAUCAGAGCUCAUUCCCCCUAGAAAAGUUCUCUACACAUAUCCCAAAGGAGCUGGGGAGAUGAUGGAAGACGGCUCGGACAGAUUUCUGUGUGAAUCGGUUUUCAGUUAUCAAGUGGCUUCAACUCUAAAGCAGGUGAAGCAUGAUCAGCAGGUAUCCCGUAUGGAGAAGUUGGCCAGCCUGGUGGAGGAGCUGGAGGCAGACGAGUGGAAAUAUAAACCUAUUGAGCAGCUGUUAGGUUUCACAACAUCAUAGCUAACCAUAUACUGCUUAUAUUAAUUUAUCAAUUGCAAUACAUUUCUGUUUAUCAUUUUUUAACCAGAAUGGAAAUGUUGGGGUUUUUUUUUUUUAUCGUUUAUUUAUGCACCUUUUUUUUUUAUUGGAACCGAAUACUUAAAUGUAAAUAUACUUACUUAUGUUACAGAUCUUUCAGCAGACUAAUCAUGUGCAGAAGUGUACCAAAACUUUGACUUCUUACACAUCUACCUGAUCUUUUUAUUUUUAUUAUUUUUGUGUGUGGAAUAAAACUGCUUAAAUCUGUGAUUAAAUUUAAUAAAUCAAUCAUUGCAUUGAUUUUUUAAAUCCAUUUCAAAGAGCUACAUAGAAAGUCCAAACUGCAAUUCUAGAUAUUGUGUAAUAUUCAUUUUUAAAUUUAAAACAUGCGCAGUAUAUGUAAGAAAUAGAUGGAUAUGUUUGCUCAAACUUUUCUACAAAUAUAGCCGUCUGAUUUAGAAGCAGAAACAUAUCUUGUUUUUGUCUUCAGGAGCCCUGUGCUUUGUUCCACACUCGUUCAGAGUUGCUAUUAAUUUUAGUGCUGUGGUCUGUGAGGUUAUCCUCCCCCUCUCUGCAUGUUUGUGUGUGCGAGUGAGAAAACGAGCGAGUGCAUAUAGCCUACUUGUAGCAGCUGUAGAAACAGGAGAAGACAAAGCAAGACAGAGGGGGUGCACAGAGAUAGCAAAUAAAACCCACACUCUUUGUCCUAUAAAGCUAACUGCUGUGUUCAGAACAAGCUCACAGCGUACUGAACACACGUAUAAUUCUAAUUAAUGUAUCUAUCAUAUAUUUUAUUUUUUCUGGUGGCUUUGUUUUUUUUCUCUUUGAGAGCAGAAUAAUUGGUGCCCACUGAGCCUUGUUUAUAUAUACUGCUUCCUGAAUUUGCUAUGUGAAACUCAGAUUGCUGGUUGUUUUGCAUCUGAAUGAAAAGAGCAUUGAGUAAACUUUGGGGAAUGUACAGUACGUCCUGUUCUACGAGGGCGGGACCAAAUGUACAGCGUAUACUUCUGGAUCUGACACAUACUACAUUUUCACCCCAACUGACAAACUUUCCCCUCUCCAAAACCUGUUAUUGUAUGUUAACAGUACUGUAACUUCUUAAAAAAUAUUGUUAUGUGCUGUACUGGUCAUCCUGACUGCAAAGAGAACAAUUUGUCCAGCUCUCACUUGUACUCCCAAAUCAUCCAUGAACUGGCAAAAACUUACAAAUUACACCCUUUUUAUGAGUCAGAUGAAGUGUGCACAUAUAUUCAGCAGGACAAACAGCCUCAGGUAAAUCACUAACACAAUUUAACUGAGUUCUAAGAAUAAACUGCUCUGUUACGAUUAAAGACAUGCUGAAUGGAUAUCCUA